AAAGUCUCCAGACACAAGUUGCAACUCUGUCAGGAAAGAGUGAAGUAUCGGGGUCCUGCUCAGUCUUGGCUGUGGGGCACUAAAUGUCUCAUCUUUAGUGAUGGUUGGACAAUGUGAUGUUAUCAGGGUUAAUGGUGGUGCAGCUUAAGGUUAUGGCCACCAUUUUGUGUAAUGCUUCUUCACAGUUUUCCUGUUAAUGCCCAAGCUUGCACAAUGGCUGAUAUGAAAUGCAUGUUGAAAUAACAUGAAAAUAACUUUUUCAAUUCAAGUUCAAAUGUAAUCCUUUUAUUCGGACAGAGCUGUCUUCAGCGGUGGAACACAACAACAAUGUUAUCUCUCUAGUUUUCCUUUUCCACUAAGGACUACCUGGCAUUAGUCUUACCGCGGGUAAUACCUUUAACAUCACUGACCAGAGGAAUACACUCUACCUCUUCAUCCUCUCACGCUACAGUACAGCUCAAGACAUUUUUCAAAUAGUUUUUUUUUUUUUUUGCUGUAUAGCUCAAUACAAAUAUUUUCAAUAACACAAAAUAUUGUUUCUUUUAUACUAUAAAUAUGUUCUGAUUGUAUUAUUUAAUGUAUCUUGUAUUAUGUUUGCAAAAGUGUUCUAAAUGGAAGUUCAGGAAAAGAUUGAGACAAAUUGACCACAUAGUAAGUUGGCUGCAGCUCUUUUUAUCUGUGCCCUACACACACGCAGAUGCACACUCACAAUCUCUAUCUCUUUUGGACAGACACACACACACACACACACACACACACACACACACACAUAGACAGCAGGCACAUGUUUGGCUUGCCACCAUGACCGUUAGGUUGUGUCGACAUGAAGGAGAGAGAAGGACUCUGGUUGAUGCUUGUCAUUUUGCUUACUGGCCAAAUGACUGCUGCUGGAUGGUCUGGUUCUCCCUUGGCAGUCCUGAAGGGCCCAGAACUAGCAUACCUCAAUGACAAAAUCAAUUUUUCCUGUGAGGUCCCGGAUUCACCUCCGUCAGCCAUCUACCAGUUCAUGAAGGUGAAACACCCAUCACCAAUUGCCACAAAGACACAUGUACCUGCAGGGGACACUCCCAUAUUCUACUUAAAGGUCAAGAGUUCAUCAGCUGGGGGAUAUUACUGCACAGUGACAGCCAUGGGAAACACAAGUACCAGCAACAUUCUAAACCUGCAAGUAGGGAUUCCCGUCUCAGGUGUCAGCAUCCUGUCUAAGCCCAGCCCCCCUGUAGUGUCUGAAGGGUCCUCCCUGACUCUUUACUGUGAGGCCCAGAAGGGCUCCAACCUCUCCUACACAUGGUACCACAACAGACUGGAAGUGAAAGCUCCCUCAGUCAUGUAUCUCCUCUCCGGCAACUCACUCGUCGUGGACAAGCUGACCCAGAGGCAUGCUGGGAGUUACACCUGCACUGCAUGGAACUACAUAGGAGUCAAACCACGAACCUCCAGCAGCAGUGACAUGCAUGUGACUGUCCAAGUCAACCUUUCUGCACCAAAGCUGUCAUUCACCCUCUUCAGAGAGAGCUUGGAUUACUAUGGCAACCUGAGUUGUGCGUCCGCUCAGGGCACGGUUCCAGUCACGUUCCUGCUGCUCCUGGGGGACCAGGAGGUCGAGCGCCAACUCACCAACUCCCUGGCGGUCUGGUUCAGUGUGCCGAUGACGGUGGGAAUGGACAUGGUCACAGCACAGUGCAGGGCAGAGACACGUUCCCAACAACUAACCAGCAACCUUCUGAAUCUAGAAAUGGCUCCUGUAGGGGGCGCUGUGCACCUGCACACUGAGUACCUGUACAACACUGACUGGCAGGUGGUGGCAGUGCGCCUGCAGUGUGACAUCAGUGGAGGCACCUUCCCCUCCUUCUCGUGGCUCCAUGACGACGCACUCCUGCUGCAGAGGGACUGCUCUGCGUUCUCUACCGGCCAGUGCCAUGUCCUCUUCCUGACCGAGGUCACAUCAGUGACCUCUGGGUAUUACCAGUGCCUUGUGAAGGACAGCUUUGACAACAAUUCCUCUUGGGUGCAGAGUGACAAGGUCCUUGUGGAGGCACUAGACUUCCCUACAACUACUAUUGAGGUCAUAGCUGUUGGCUUCUGUUGCACCUUGCUGGUGAUCAUGAUGGGAAGCCUGGUCUGCAUACUCUGGAUGUUUAAUUGUCAAGUCUUGCGAUCAGAAGGUGUGACCGCACCUGACCAGCGCAGUGAAGCCGUCACCAUGCCAGCAUUACCACUCAGAACUGACAAUAUGGGAGAAGCGACCGCCAGGGAAGAAAUGGAACUGUCCUCCAAACUCCAGUAGAUGCCCUGAACUCUCUGAUGUGUGUGUGUUCAUCUAGAACAGUAUUCCUCUCUGAUGUGUAGAGGGUGUUCACCUAGAGCAGUAUUCCUCUCUGUUGUGUGUGUGUGUGUUCAUCUAGAGCAGUAUUCCUCUCUGUUGUGUAGAGGGUGUUCACCUAGAGCAGUAUUCCGUACAGUGAUGUUUUUCUACCUGAUCAGCAAUGGCAGUCAUGGGGUCCUAUGUCUGCAGAAACAACCUAUUUUGCUUGUGUUGAACUCCAGCAAUAAAUGACAGAAAGGCUGCUGAGGCGUGUAUUUUGGAUUCAUGCGUGGAGACGGUCUUCACUAACCAAUUAUGCAUGUACCAUUAAUGUACCAUGUCAUUCUGGUGUAUCUAUUUGGCAAGUGAACAUCAUACUCCUUUUAUUGGAAGACUGGUGGGUGUGGCCUAUAUAAAUAGAUAGAGAUAGAUGGAUACUUUAUUAAUCCCGAGGGAAAUAUAUAUAUAUUUCUAUAUGAGCAAAGAAGCAAGCAAACCUGUAUUAUGGGAUGAUGCAAUUCAUCUAUGUUGGAUAUCUUUGAAGUUACCACGUAUCACACAGGGUUUAAAAAAAACUUGGUUCCACAAAUUGUAGUGAGGUCUGAAUUGAGCCUUAGAAGGCUCAGCAGAGGCUGCUGAAGAUGUUCAACCUGCCAAAGGCCAUGAUGGUGCACGUUUACACGACCAUCGUUGAGUCCAUCUUAACCUGCUCCAUCACCAUCAUCAGUGCAUCAUAUUGGCACAAUCUUACACUGUUGCACAUUUCCAAGAUUUUCUGUCUAAAUUCAUAAAUGUGUUCUUGCCUUGUCCCCAUUUUCUAUACUUAACCUAUUUCUGCCACAUAACCAAGACAAAUUAAUAGUAUGUGGACACCUACUUGGCAAUAGUCCUGUUUAUCUUGUAGGUACAGGGCAUGACAAGCCCCAGCUGAUUCCCAUACAGGAGGCUUACAGUCUGUGCCUUCCAGAUCUACAGUGCUCUCCCCUCUAUAGUCUGUAUUACAGUCUGUGUCUUCAGAUCUACAGUGCUCUCCCCUCUAUAGUCUGUGCCUUCAGAUCUACAGUGCUCUCCCCUCUAUAGUCUGUGCCUUCAGAUCUACAGUGCUCUCCCCUCUAUAGUCUGUGCCUUCAGAUCUACAGUGCUCUCCCCUGUGUCUUACAGUCUGUGUCUUCAGAUCUACAGUGCCCUCCCCUGUGUCUUACAGUCUGUGUCUUCAGAUCUACAGUGCUCUCCCCUGUGUCUUACAGUCUGUGCCUUCAGAUCUACAGUGCUCUCCCCUGUGUAUUACAGUCUGUGCCUUCAGAUCUACAGUGCUCUCCCCUGUGUCUUACAGUCUGUGCCUUCAGAUCUACAGUGCUCUCCCCUGUGUCUGCCUUCAGAUAUACAGUGCCCUCUCCUGUGUCUUCCUAAAUUAUAUGGGGUCAAAGGUCACAAA